AAGAGCGGUCCAUGCAGCAUCCAUAUGAUGGCAAUGGGAGAUGCAAGACGAAGGGCAGGGGGGGGGGGGGAGGGGGGGGAGAGGAAAAGGGAGAGGGAGAAGGAGAGAGGGAGAGAGAGAGAGAGAGAGAGAGAGAGAGAGAGAGAGAGAGAGAGAGAGAGAGAGAGAGAGAGAGAGAGAGACAGGAGCGAGAGAUAGAGAGAGAGAGAGAGAGAGAGAGAGAGAGGGAGAGAGAGAGAGAGAGAGAGAGAGAGACAGGAGCGAGAGAUAGAGAGAGAGAGAGAGAGAGAGAGAGAGAGAGAGAGAGAGAGAGAGAGAGAGAGAGAGAGAGAGAGAGGGAGGCAAUGGGGAAUGGCAGUUUGCGGUCUAUGGGGGUGUGUUAGAAAUAGACUACAAAUACCACU